GACCAACAGCAUCGUGCUCUGCUGUGGAUGAGAGGGAUAAAGGCUGCUCUGCUUUUCAUCCACCACCACAUCGCACUUACUAAUAGUCGUCGUUACUGACGACGUUUUCCUUCAGUUCAACUUUUAUUAGCACUGAAAUUACUUCCUUGAAUUCCCGCGAGGACGGAGAGGACCAAAGCAUUUGUAAAAGCUCGGCAACUUUCAUCUGAGAUCUUUUCUGCAGAGUGGCUAAAAUAACAGAUUCGGAGUAAACCCCUCCAGUUCAGCGUCUCCUCGUCCAUGAAGACCAGCAUGAGGACAAACUGAGGUUCAGCUUUGUGACUCUGCUUGAUAAAUGUCAGCCCGCUGCAGUAUUUGUAUGGGUCUGUCUCAUCAUCCAAACGUUUCCCCAGGUGGACUGAACAAACUCUACAGAGCCACAGGUGUCCUCUGUCAACUCAUCUGACACCAAAAAUCAAAGCUUUCCGUUCUUCUUGUAAUUUCCCUCUGCUUCUGUUAGAGUUGGGGAUGUCUGUUUGUUAACGCCUCUCCGCCUGCCUCAUCUCUUGACGACCCGUAUAGUUUCAGCCACACACUGGACAUGGGGGACUACGACGUUCGCUCAGCCGCCAGCAUCCUGGCCUCAGUAAAAGAGCAGGAGGCACGCUUUGAGCAGUUGACCCGAGCCCUCGAGGAGGAGCGCCGCAACGUUACCCUGCAGCUCGAGCGCUCCAACCUGCCUCCCAACCCCCCAACCAGCCAACCGCUGGCAUGGCAACAAGUGGUGAUGCAGGAGCAGAGCCCCAUCAACACCACACCCCUGGCCAUGAUGCAGGAGCCGCAGGAGGUGGUGGAGGAGACGGUCACCAUAGAGGAGGAUCCCGGAACCCCCACUUCUCACGUCUCGGUGGUCACGUCUGAUGAUGGAACUACGCGACGAACAGAAACUAAGGAUUUGUCAACAAACACGAAGGUGACCAAGAUGGUGAAGACGGUGACCACCCGGACAGUCCGUCAGGUACCCCUUGGCCCCGAUGGUCUACCCCUGCCUGAGGGUACAUCCCCGUUGGGCAGCUAUGCAGAUUCCAUUGAUCGCAGAUACAUGAAGAAUGGAAGUGAGCGCUACAUCACUCCCCAAGCGACUUCCACCUUGACGCGAGGCUACAACAACUCCUACAAUGACUCCUACGUUGAAACGCCAGAAAGCCAGUACAUGCGACACUACGGCCUUCACGAUGGCUAUGCAGACUUGACGGACAACUACGGCAGUCUGUCACGUGGCGUUAACUUCAGGCCGCCGCGCUACCCAUACAUGCCCAACAGCUAUCGCCCGGAAAACAGCUACACACUACCUAUUCGCAAGGAUGACUAUGGCCAUAUGGCACAGCCUCAAGUACCCAUGGGGAGCAGCACUGUGGAUUUGAACCGCUCACAACCUGAGCGCUUUCAGCCUGAGCCGUAUGGUUUAGAAGAUGAUCGCCGCAGUUUGGGCCCUGAAGAGGAGGAGCCGUAUGAGCUGGAACCCGACUAUUCCACUGCUAGCCGCCGCACCCUGCCGGGAACUAACAGGGGCCGCACUCACCGGGAACCUCUUCGAGAUAUGCCUCGAGUCAGAGGAUACCCAGAUGACCCCAUUGAGGCAGAGCUGAUUGAUGAGCGCCAUCCUUACAUCCAUGGCAUGUAUUCAGCCCCACUGGCUCAGCCGGAGAGAGGAAGCAUGGCUAGCUUGGACCGAAUGGCCGGGCGGCGCUCUCCCUCCAUCGACAGUAUCCGUAAAGACCCACGUUGGAGGGACCCCGAUCUCUCCGAAGUCAUUGCAAUGCUCGGCCACCCCAUCGACCCCGUCAAGUCCAACGCCGCUGCCUACCUGCAGCACUUGUGCUACGAAAAUGACAAGAUUAAAAAGGACGUACGCCAGUUGAAAGGAAUUCCUGUCCUGGUGGGUCUUUUGGAUCAUCCCAAAUCGGAGGUUCAUCGGAAGGCUUGCGGUGCCCUGCGCAACAUCUCUUACGGCAAGGACAACGAAAACAAAGUGGCAAUCAAGAACUGCGAUGGCAUACCGGCGCUGAUCCGCCUCCUGAGGAAAACCAAUGACAUGGAGGUUCGAGAACUCAUCACAGGAACGCUGUGGAACCUGUCAUCCUAUGAGCCCCUGAAGAUGGUGAUCAUCAACCAUGGCCUGCAGACCAUGACCAACGAGGUCAUCAUCCCCCACUCGGGUUGGGAGCAUGAACCCAACGAGGACUCGAAGCCGCGGGAUGCAGAGUGGACCACGGUGUUCAAAAACACAUCCGGCUGCCUCAGGAAUGUGAGCUCAGAUGGUGCAGAGGCACGCCGCCGACUACGGGAAUGCGAGGGUUUGGUGGACGCCCUGCUUCACGCUCUUCAGUCGGCCGUAGGAAAGAAAGACAUGGACAACAAGUCGGUGGAGAACUGCGUCUGCAUCAUGAGAAACCUGUCCUACCACGUUCACAAGGAGGUACCGGGCGCCGAAAGGUUCCAGGACCCGUCGGCGCCGCAGGCUCCUGGAUCAGCAGGGCUCCACAGGAAGAAGAAGGACGACGCCGGAUGCUUUGGAGGCAAGAAAGCCAAAGAGGAAUGGUUUAAUCAAGGCAAAAAGAAUGGGGAGAAUGACAAAAACUACGACACAUUGGAUCUGCCCAAGCGCACAGAGCCAUCUAAAGGCUUUGAGUUGCUGUACCAGCCAGAAGUGGUGAGGCUGUACCUAUCUCUGCUGACGGAGAGCCAGAACUACAAUACCCUGGAGGCAGCUGCCGGGGCUCUGCAAAAUCUCAGUGCUGGACAGUGGAUGUGGUCCAACUACAUCCGAGCCACGGUGCGGAAGGAGAAAGGUCUUCCCGUCCUGGUGGAGCUGCUGCGCUCCGACUCUGACAAGGUGGUCCGAGCUGUGGCCAUCGCCCUGCGCAACCUCUCCAUUGACCGCCGCAACAAAGACCUGAUUGGAAGCUAUGCCAUGCGAGACUUGGUGAGCAAUCUGCCCAGCGGUCAGCAGCGGCCGGCCAAGAACCUGGAGGAGGACACGGUGGUGGCCAUCCUCAACACCAUCCACGAGAUCGUUACAGACAGCUCCGAAAACGCCCGCUCGCUCAUCCAAGCCCAGGCCAUCGAGAAGCUGGUCGCCAUCAACAGGACCAGCCAAUCGGCACGAGAAACAAAGGCAGCGUCCCAUGUGCUGCAGACGGUGUGGAGUUACAAGGAGCUGAGGAACGCUCUGACUAAAGACGGCUGGAACAAGACCCACUUCCAGCCCACUGUUGCAGUCACCCCGAAAGCAACAAAGAACGGCAAACCGGGUUAUGAUGACACCACCCUGCCCCUGAUGGAGAAGAACCAAGACGGAUACUCCACCAUUGACCAGAGGGACAAGGACUGCAAAUAUAAGACGGCCGACGGAUCAGCGGACCUGACGGAGCGAGAGCCAUUAAAGAAUGACACAAAUAGGAAACACUAUAUCAGGAGUAACAGGCCUGCGGUCAGUCUGGUGGACGCUUGUGAUGUUAAGCCCCAGCCUGUUGACUCCUGGGUCUAAAUGCAUGCAUGGCCUAAGAAAACCCUCCCAGGCCAGAAGAGGAUCUCUUGCAUCACCACUGCCAUUUCACAGAAGACCAUUCUUACAGCUGAACUUUGUACAGAAAGACGGAUUUUAAAAAGAUUAUGAUCACAUCAGCAACUACACGGCAGCCGUUAAAUUGUGCUUUUCAGAGAAUUUUUUAAAGGAUAAACAGUGACUACAAAUACUCGUUCAUCAUAACUACAUUCCCACUGGACAGCAUGUGAAUUUUUUCAGUGUUAAAUGGAUAGAGAGUGGAAGUAGGGCAAACUAUAGACGGAAGAGGAAUGUGUGCAGGUAUAGAGAGACUCGGGGAAGUUCUUUCCUUCAGUCGGAGGUGGAGUCCACGUUUUUGAGUUGGAUUUUGAAGUAAACUGGUUUGAGUUUUUCUUUUUUUUCUGAAGGUUUCUGAAAGUUUGCUAUGAGUUUGGUUGGAAUGGACAACGAAGGGAAAUGAAGGGACAGAAAUUGAACUGUAGCAUAAUGGACUCUACUACCACAUGAACUGAAACUCCAUCUGGAUUCACUGUGUUUUCUCUUUUUUUUUCAAAAUAUAAAAAUAAGUUCUGAUAUGGGGUCAAACGUGUUAAAUAGGCGAUUGUUUUUUCUUUUUUUUUAUAUAAAGAAAAUUUAAGUGGGAGUCUGGAAAGAGGCAAGUGACCCAGUAAGUACAACAGAUGAAAUAUAUAUUUUUGUUCUCCCAGCAGGAAGGAAAUCAGCAAAACCAGUAAGGAUUUCAUGUCUCCACUUACUGAACCAAGACUGUAUAAAAAAAUCACUUGGAUUGUUUAUUGAUGCAGUUUCAUAAAAGUCCUGGCUGGUUGCUGUUCAGUGUAUUAAAGAAGAUUUGAGGCAUUUUGUUCAAAAUGAAGGAGCAAGACGAGAAGGAAAGAAUAAUUUUUUUGUUUUGUUUUUAUACAGAUGUAUAUUAGAUUUAAAAAAAAAUGAAGGAAAAAAAAACAGAAAAUUCACAUUUGUUGGUUGUAUAUUAAAAUCACAUGAAAAGCAGAUCUCACUCGACCACGUCUGUAAACAACAAUUAACCACUUGUAUGAUUUCAGUGUUGUCCUGUCAUAUUAUUUAUGUUUGUCAAAAAAAAAAAAAAAAAAAAAGCAGAAAAAUCUGGUUUAAGAUGGUAAUUCCACAGAGGGAAAAACACAAAAUGUCAAUGUUGUUCUUCCCGAUCCAUAAUUUCCUUCAACCUCUCUUCACUGCCACAUCUUCAAGACGAACGCUAAGCUAGAAUAAAAUCUGUAAAGAUGUUUAUAUUAUGUCCUUUCCAAGUGCCAGUUUGUGUGGUGUUAUUUGGAUAUUAACUCAUUCAGAAAGUGGAUGCUAAAGUGAAGAGCGUGUCUAAUAAAACGUGAAAAGUUGGUUAUAUAGUCUAUAUUUUUACAAUGUGGGCAGUUGAGAAGAAUCUGCUGGAACUGGAGCUGGCAUCACCCACACCUCACUCAAGGCGAACAGCAUGUGCCUGCGUUAAAUCUUUGUGAAGUUCAAACAGCUUGCAUAUUUUACAGUGUUUACAAAGUUGUAUGUCGUGGUUAAAACAAAUAAAACUACAAAAAAAACUGUAAAUUAAACUUAGAUUUCAAAGGUUAGAUGAACAGUUCCCAUCAUUCCUUCUGUGUGUGUCCUCAGAUGUGUUGGGUAACGUUGGCGAUUCUUAGUGAAAGAUUCUGAUUGUUUUCCUGGAAACGGAGGGGAAUGUAUGCUUUUGUGGGUGUGCAGCCCUCCGUGCAUCAAAGAAGAGCCAUGCAACUGUGCGGUCAAACACACACACAUCAAAUCAAACAAGCCUACCUGCGUAGAUGCGACUGAUUCAAGGCCGUCAAAAUAAAGUAACAAAGUAGCGUUUGUACCUCUCAUGUGCCUUAACCUUUUCCAUAGUAGAACGAAAAAGUCGGAUGUGUUUUAUAAUAAAUUUAUUUCUAACCCUGAUCUGUCAUUUCCUCAACCCCAACACUCACUUCCCCUAUUUGGGUCAACUUUUCUCCAAUCGUGUCAUCACUUGAUCCACUUUGCACCCCGCCCCACUGUUGCCCCGAGUUAGUUUAGACUGUUGGUGAGGUUCUGCCUUGUAUCACAUUGUAUUAUAAACUUUUCAAAAGCUAGAGCUGUCAGAAAAAGAGGGUUUGAAUCUGGAGAAGGGAAGAUGUUCAUGCUUUCUUAGCAGGCAGAAGCGACGCCACGGUGACAGAAUGUAUUAUGUUAAUUUUACUAAUACCCAGAGGCAAAUAUUACGCUUGUUACACAUAAUGAAAAAUACUGGUUUGUAGAGUAUAAAUUUGGUGUGUUUUCAAUAAAUCAUGCCUGAGAAA